ACCACCUUGCCUAAACUUUGAAAAAAUUUGAAACUUCUUUCUUCUUUAUAUAAUUUAUAAAAAAUAAACCACAGCACAUCCCCCAUAGAUAAAUAAUAUAGUGCACAUCCCCCAUCCCCUCCUUACUUAACCUACACCACCUUAAUUUGGUUUAAAUGGUUUAAUUUAUCUGUGCUUGUGCUUAUAAACACUUUGUGUGUACACAAAGGGUUACAGUUUGAGUUUUUAUCACUGAGUGGAUUGUGUUCAGUUUCAGUAUAUUUGUUAGCUAUGGAAUCUAACAUAGAAAUUAAGGAAGAGUCCGUUGAAAGUGGUCAAAGACAAAUAGAUAAUCAACUAUCCACAUCAUUUGAUCUUGGGGACUGUAAGAAUGGACCAGAAGAUAACUCUGUUAAAACAGUAAAAGCUGAAAUUAAGGAUGAGUUUGGUGAUGGUGAUCCAAGAUAUGCAGAGGGUCAGAUAUCCACCUCCCUUGAUCUUCUGUCAGACUUAAAGAAUGUACCAGAAGAGUAUAAGUCAGAUGGGGCAGUAAAAGCUGAAAUUAAGGAAGAGUUGGUUGAAGAUGAUCCAAGAUAUAUAAAGAGUCAGCUGUCCACCUCCCUGGAUCUUGGAGACUUCAAGAAUGAAGAUGCCUCAGGUUUUACUCAGGAGGAUAAUAAAACGAAAAAUAUCGAGACAAUUUUUGAACAUUCAUCCCAGGAAGCACACGGUAUGAGACGAGACGCUGAAGGGAACACCGUAAAUAAAAAUAUAAAAGUUCAGACUACACAGGGAUCUUACAAUUGUGAAAUUUGUUUCAAGAAAUUUUCUCACACAUCUAAAUUGAAAAAACAUUUGAUGGUACACAACGGAGAAAAAUCUUACAAGUGUGAGAUUUGUUUGAAGAGAUUUACUCAACUAGGGAAUUUGAAACAACAUUUGAGAAUGCAUACAGGAGAAAAACCUUAUACGUGUGAAGUUUGUUUUAAGAAAUUUGCUCAAGCGAGAUAUUUGAAAGGACAUUUAAUGGUACACACUGGAGAAAAACCACAUCACUGUGAAAUUUGUUUUAAGCAAUUUCCUACAGCAUGUAAAUUGACAAGACAUUUGGUAGUGCACAGUAAAGUAAAGCCUUACAAGUGUGAAAUUUGUUUUAAGCAGUUUGCUCGAACAUAUGUUUUGACAAGGCAUUUGAGAGUGCACACUGGAGAAAAAUCUUACGAGUGUGAGAUUUGUUUGAAGAGGUUUACUCAACUAGCGAAUUUGAAACGACAUUUGAGAACACAUACAGGAGAAAAACCUUACACGUGUGAAAUCUGUUACAAGAAAUUUACUGAAGCGAGAAAUUUGAAAGCACAUUUGGUGGUACACACUGGAGGAAAACCAUAUAAGUGUGAAAUUUGUUUUGAGCAAUUUCCUACAGCAGAUAAAUUGAAAAUACAUUUGAUAGUGCACAUUGGAGGAAAGUGUUACAAGUGUGAAAUUUGUUUCAAGACGUUUGCUCGAAAAUAUCAGUUAACUGAACACUUGAAAGUUCACACUGGAGAAAAGCCACAUAAGUGUGAAAUUUGUUUUAAGGAAUUUAUCCAAGCAAGUAAUUUGAAAAAACAUUUUAUGUUACACACCGGAGAAAAACCUUAUAAGUGUGAAAUUUGUUUGAAGAGGUUUAUCCAAAUAGGGAAUUUGAAAUAUCAUAUGAUAAAACAUACAGGAGAAAAAGCUUACAAGUGUGAAAUUUGUUCCAAGAAGUUUGCUCAAAAAUAUCAUUUAACUGGACACAUGAAAGUUCACCCUGGAUACAAACUUCUUAGGUGUGAAAUUUGUUUUAAGCAACUUUCUACCACAAGUAACUUGAAAACACAUUUGAGAGUGCACACUGGGGAAAAACCGUACAAGUGUGAAAUUUGUUUCAAGAAGUUUACUCAAAAAAAUAAUUUAACUGGACACAUGAAGAGUCACAAUGGAAAAAAACCUAAGUAAUUUUCUACAGCAAGUAAAGUGAAACUACAUUUAGUAAUGCACAUUGAAGAAAAGCCUUCCAAGUCUGAAAUUUGUUUUAACCCUUUCGAAAGUUUGGGUGCAGUUUGCUCGAAAAGGUCAUUUAAUGAAAGUUCACUGUUUCAGUGUUUCCCACACCGUUUUGCUCCGUAGACCAUUUACCAACACUUUUUGGGUUUAAAUAGACGCCCUAAUGUCAUAUUUUUUUAAAUUUACUAGCUGCGAUUAAGUCUGUUUAAUAAAAAACUUUAAUUAGUCUAAUUUUUUUAAAUUUAAAUCUAAUUUUUUUAAAUUAGUCUCAGCAUCCGUUAUGGCUUGCAAAUUGUAGAAGCCUCGGAGGUGUAACCAGAGAAGGUUCCCAUUGUUUUCAGUCUGGUGGGAUGUAGAGAGUAACAUUAUGUUGUUUUAUAUGCCAUUAGAUUGAAAACUUAGUCUUUUACUCUGAUUAUUGAUAUAAUGUUAUUAGAUUUAUAAUAUUGAGGUUUGCUUCCGACCAGAUAUAUAAUUUUAGUUCAGAGAAAUAAGGAAAAAAAUAUCCUGUUGGUGACACAACCCCCUCCAGGCCUAAACCAAAUUUUUGGAGUAGUAUGGUCAUCUAUAAUAAUAACCUAUAUGUUUCCUGCAACCGAUUUUGAUUAUAUACAUAGUUUUAAACAAAUGAAGAUCAAAAAACGGUAAAUUUUCGCUUUUUUCGUCUAUUACUAAUAAAUUGGGCAUUUUAAACAAAUUUGAGAGUAAUAAACUCAUAAACCGUAUAAAAAACUUCAAU